AUGGAACUAUGGGAGGCUGCUCUGGAAGAUAUCGAGAAUUUGGAAGGAAUGGCAAACGAAGCUAAAGCGAAUUUUAAGAAGCAAAAGGAUGACAUGAAGGCGGAAAAGAAAACGGGUCCGAAAAAAUCGAAGGAUGAAGACAAAAAAGAUGAGAAGGUGGACGAUGGUAUGGAUGACCAGAAAAAUCCGGAAGAAGAAAAAAAGACCAGCAAUGAGAAAAAGGACGACAACGACAAGAAGAAAGAUAUUUGA